GACACCAACAGUCUUGUGUAGUAAUUUGUUGAAUAAUGCCCAACAAAAUCUAGCAAAUAUUUUUAUAAAAAAAUUUCAACAAAUUAAUUUGAUAAAUAAUUUAAAAGAGUGUUGAAUUUUUUCAUUUUUAUAUUGGUAAAAUGACGGGGUUAUUGACAAGUUGGUUUUUCAUAAAAUUUAUAAUUUCUAUUGGAAUUGGUAUUGCUGGUAUUUAUAUGUAUUUUAAAAAAAUUUUAUAUUUAUACUGGGAAAAAAGAGGUGUUUCUUAUGUAGAGCCUACGGUACCAUUUGGAAAUCUUACUCAACAUUUAAUCGGAAAAAUAUCAGUUGGUGAAUUAUAUGAAAAUACAUAUGAAAAAUAUAAAAAAUAUCGUUACUUUGGAAUGUACACAUUUCACAAACCAUCACUUGUUAUUAAUGAUCCAGAUUUAAUACGCAUUGUAAUGACAAAAAAUUUUCAAAAUUUUCAUGAUCGUGGUAUGUAUUGUAAUGAAAAAAUUGAUCCAUUAUCUGGACAUUUAUUUUCGCUACCUGGUAGUAAAUGGAAAAAUUUACGUGUUAAAUUAACACCAACAUUUACAUCAGGAAAAAUGAAACAAAUGUUUGGUACUAUUUGUCAAUCUACUGAUCGUUUAAUUGAUUAUGUUAAAAAAUAUUCUGAUAAUCAUCAAGUUGUUGAAAUGAAAGACAUAACAGCAAGAUUAACAACUGAUGUUAUUUCAUCAAUUGUUUUUGGUCUUGAAAGUAAUUGUCUUGAUAAUCCAAAUAGUGAUUUUCGUAUUUGGGGAAAAAAAACAUUUGAGCCAAAUUUAAUUAAAAAUUCAUUGGCAUUUUUUGGUCCUCAAAUAUUGAAUAUUUUAAAAAUUCCAUUUACUGAUCCUGGUGUAUCGAAAUUUUUCACAAAAGCAUUUGAAGAUUCUUAUAAUUAUCGUGUUGAAAAUAACAUUCAAAGAUCAGAUUUUAUGAAUCUUUUGAUGCAGCUAAUUAAUAAAGGACAUCUUGAUGAUGACAACAACAAAAAUUUUCAUAUUUCUGAAUCAACUGAUGGAAAAAUUACAAUGAAUGAUGCAAUUGCCCAGGCAUUUGUGUUUUUUUUAGCUGGCUAUGAAACAACAUCAACAACUAUAAUACUAACUCUCUAUGAAUUAUCACGAGAUUGUAAUAAACAUCUACAAGAAAAGCUACGUUAUGAUAUUGAUAAUAUUUUAAAUAAACAUAAUGGUAAAUUAACAUAUGAAGCAAUCCAAGAAAUGACAUAUCUUCAUAAAGUUACAAGUGAAACACUGAGAAAAUAUCCACCAGUACCAAUAUUAAAUCGUGUCUGUACAAAGGAUAUUGAUUUACCAGAAACUGAUUUAAAAAUAUCAAAAGGUCUUGAUAUUGUUAUUCCAGUUAUUGGUCUUCAUCAUGAUCCAGAUAUUUAUCCAGAUCCAGAAGCAUUUGAUCCAGAAAGAUUUAAUGAAGCCAACACAGCUUCUAGACAUCCCUAUACUUAUUUGCCUUUUGGAGAAGGACCACGUUCAUGCAUUGGUAUAAGAUUUGGUCUUAUUCAAGCAAAAAUUGUACUAACAAGUCUUCUUGUAAAAUAUAAAUUUUCAUUUGGUCCAAAUACACCGUAUCCACUUGAAAUUGAUCCUGGUGUUAUACUUUUAACAACAAAAACUGGAGUUGAUUUAAAAAUUGAGCCACGUUAAUGAAAAAUAUAUAAAAAUUAAAUUUAAACAUUUUUAAAAACAAUAUUUUUAUUUUUCUAUAUGAAAAAUAAUAUUUGUCAAUUAAUAAAUGACUUAAAAAAGUCUGUAAAAAAUAUAUUUAUGUUGUAAAAAUUACAUAUUUCAAUAAAAAAUAAAAUUUAAUAAUAA